CCGCGGCGCAGAGACGCAUGCGCGGCGCAGGGGAGGUGAGCGGCUGACGUCAGGCUUUCGUGUGCUGCCGGUAAACGGAGCGGUGCGGCCCGGCCCCUCCGGGCGGCGAUGGCGGCUGCCGGCGGCGGCCCGGGUGCGCCCGUGGAGACACCCGCCGCCACAGCCACUGCCUCCGCGGCGGAGGCCGGCGCGGUGCUGCAGCGGGAGCCGCUGUACAACUGGCAGGCCACGAAGGGGUCGCUGCGGGAACGCUUCGCCUUCCUCUUCUCGAACGAGCUGCUUAGCGACGUGCACUUCGUGGUGGGCAAGGGAGGCCCCCGCGGCGGCGGCGGUGCGGGCGCGGGGGCGUCCCCAGGGCCCGGCCAGCAGCGCAUCCCCGCGCACCGCUUCGUGCUAGCGGCCGGCAGCGCAGUGUUCGACGCGAUGUUUAACGGCGGCAUGGCCACCACCUCGGCUGAGAUCGAGCUGCCCGACGUGGAGCCCGCCGCCUUCCUGGCGCUCCUCAGGUUUCUUUAUUCAGAUGAAGUUCAGAUUGGUCCAGAAACAGUCAUGACUACUUUAUACACUGCUAAAAAGUAUGCAGUCCCAGCCCUGGAAGCACAUUGUGUGGAUUUUCUAACGAAGCACCUCCGAGCAGAUAAUGCCUUUAUGCUGCUUACUCAAGCUCGUUUGUUUGAUGAACCUCAGCUUGCUAGUCUUUGCCUUGACACAAUAGACAAAAGUACUAUGGAUGCAAUAAGUGCAGAAGGCUUUACUGAUAUUGAUAUAGACACACUGUGUGCAGUUCUAGAAAGAGAUACCCUUAGUAUUCGAGAAAGUAGACUUUUUGGAGCUGUUGUUCGCUGGGCAGAAGCAGAAUGUCAAAGACAGCAACUACCUGUGACAUUCGGAAACAAGCAGAAAGUCCUUGGAAGAGCUCUUUCCUUAAUCCGUUUUCCAUUAAUGACUAUUGAAGAGUUUGCAGCAGGCCCUGCUCAGUCUGGAAUUUUGUCAGAUAGGGAAGUAGUAAAUCUCUUUCUGCAUUUUACUGUCAAUCCUAAACCUAAAGUAGAUUAUAUUGAUCGACCAAGAUGUUGCCUUAGAGGAAAAGAAUGCAGCAUUAACAGGUUCCAGCAAGUGGAGAGUCGCUGGGGCUACAGUGGAACAAGUGAUCGGAUUAGGUUCACAGUUAAUAGAAGAAUUUCCAUAGUGGGAUUUGGAUUGUAUGGAUCUAUUCAUGGACCCACAGACUAUCAAGUUAAUAUACAGAUAAUUGAUUACGAGAAGAAUCAGACGCUAGGACAGAACGACACCGGAUUUAGUUGUGAUGGAACAGCCAGUACGUUCAGAGUUAUGUUCAAAGAACCUAUAGAGAUUUUGCCAACAGUUUGCUACACAGCUUGUGCAACAUUGAAAGGUCCUGAUUCCCACUAUGGAACAAAAGGCUUGAAGAAAGUGAUCCAUGAAUCUCCUACUGCUAGUAAAACCUGCUUUGUCUUUUAUAGUUCACCGGGUAACAACAAUGGUACAUCAAUAGAAGAUGGACAGAUACCAGAAAUAAUAUUUUAUACAUAAUUUCACAUGCUCAUCUCAAAUGCCUCAGCUUAUCAGUGGACUUCAGCUCACUGUUGGCAGCAGUUAAAAAAUUACACAGAAUGACAUGAAUGUGUGAGAGCAAAACUUGUUUGAGAGGUACCAGAAAAGCUGAUCUCUCUGCAUAAUUAUUGGCAGAAUGUAAUGUAAUUUUUCCACUUGACAAAAUAGCAAGUGGAGUAAGUACUCUGCAUAUUGUUUUAAAUAGUAUCUUGUGAUUAAUUUCUUUGUAUUUUCAUCCCUUUAUUUCUUAUGUAGUAAAAUAUUUUUUCUUGGUUUUUUUUUUUAAACUGGAAAGUCUUUGCUUGUGCUAAACUUCUUGUGUAUGUAACCACCAACCUGUCCUAAAAUGACAGUAAAGCUGCUGUAGUCCCAGCUUAUACUUCU